CUCUCAGUCUUUUGCUGUCGUUCAACGUUGUCGGUCGUCGUCGUUUUUGUGACCGCCUGAUUUGAGGCUAUUUCGCUGCCCGUGGUCGUUGCUGCUACUGUUGUUGUUGCUGUUGUUAUUGCUGUUGUUGCUGUUGCUGCUGCUGCUGCUGCUAGUUUGCGUUGCACGUCGCCUUCACACGCCCCCCGUUUACGAGCAGCCCGCCCCGCACGCUCAGCUCGCAGCAACGUGCCGCGAACGCGUGUGUCUGCCUAGCCUAUCUCUGUGCCUCCGUGCCACAGCCAGUGUCCGUGAGUGCGUCUAUAUGUGCACGUGUGUGUGUGUGGGCAAAUGUUGAAAGCAGCAGCAUGGCCAGAAAAGACAGCACAAAAAACGUUGCAUACUUUCGGGCGCACUGAAUAAUGAUUUUUGUGUGCCCGCUGCGUGCGGUGUGCAAAUUACAAAUGCAAUAAAAAAUACAAAUUGAAUUUUCGCCAAAAAUCUAUCAUCAAUUUCAAAAUGUGUGAACAUCUGCUGAGAAAGCCCAAGGAAAGUCCAGUAGUUAAAUGUGUGAAGUGACAAAAUAAUAAUAAGUAUAUUAAUAAACCAACGAAAUAAAAUCAUAGAGAGGAAAAUAUGCAGGCAGCCAAGACGAAAUCGACGCUAAAAUACAAAUCUGACAUUGGCAGGAGCACGCAGCACACACUCACACACAUGCCCAAACACACACACGCGCGCGCACACACAUACAAAUGUAUAACACACAAAUGCAGAGGCGACAACAGCCUGCGUCCUGUGCCCAACAUUUUGGCCGAUGAAUGAACUGACAUAAAACUUGAAGAGCAUAGCCAGAAAAGCCCACACACUCACACACACACACACACAUACACAGGCGCAAAGAAGCAAAUACAAUCAGAGCCACACAUAGUCGCACACACACACACACACACACACUCACACACAACAUUGAAAAGCAUAUAAAAAGGCCAUUUUCGUAGAUUUCUGCGUGCCCUUGUCAAAGUAAUAGAAAUCGAAAUAGAAACUUCCCUGGAACGUGCCGCGCAUUUGCCACGAGAAAAUCAGCAGCAGCUGCAAAUAAAUUUCACGAAACCAAAAUAAAAAAUCCAAAAAUAAAAGAAGACACGGGCAAGGACGUGAGCAGCUCCAGAAGGUGAAAUACAGAGCACGAGAGCGAGAGAGAGAGAGAGAGAGAGAGGGAGAGAAAGAGAGAGUGGAAAAGCGAAAGAUAUAGACGCGACUAGAACGCCGUUGGAGGCAUCCAAUUUUGCACGCCCAGGCCACGCAACGGUGAUGUGGGACACAUCCCGCAACGGGCAAUGCAACAACCCCAACGUUAUAUACCGUCUGUAUCUGAUCUAUAUGGCACGGACGAGAUAGAACUGCUGCUGGACGAGAUACGUGAGCUGGAGCUGGAGCCGGUCUGCUGUCAGCUGGACGAUGAGCAGGACUUUGAAAUAGCUGGCAGCAGGGCCGGCGAGCUCUCGCUCUCACUCGAAUCGCCAUUGGGCACGUGCACCUCCUGGGACUCGCACGCCAACUACAAACAGCAACAACACACUCCGCUGCCAUGGGGCGUCGCCCUACACUGUGAUCCGCAACACUUGAAAACGCCUACAGGGAUUGUGCGCAUACUGCUGGUGUUAUCCUCCGCCGUCUGUCUGGCCUGCGAAUGCUCCGCGGGCACCGUACAGGUCGGCCUCUUUCUACUGCCACUCAUCGGACGCCUGAGGCUGAUGGUCUUCUGUGCGCUCUUCUCGCUACUCAUCACAUGCCUCAUGCUCUUUCUCGAUAUAUCGCAUAUAGCGCUCAUGUUCCCAUUCAAUUGGACGAAAGUGAAUACGUGGAUGUACCUGAGUAUUGGUUUAAUAUUUAUUUUGAGCUCCACGCUGCUCGUCCACAUGGUGCUGUAUGCGACCGAGUAUACAUGGGUAUCCAAGCACUCCAAGGACACAUUACUAGCCACAGGCCUAAUUGGCUUUAUUUGCGCCUUGGAGGCGCUGCUGCUGUCGGGCAUUGCCUCCUGGCCCUGGUCUCAGUAUCGCCAGGUGCCCGACGAUGCCAGCGAGCUGUUCAUUGAGGAUCGCGAAAUGACGCCCAUGAGUCCCAUAAAUAGCACUGAUCUACAGCUACAGCCAGACACUGGGCAUGGCCUGGCGCCGUUUCAGCACAGCAGCCAAAUCAAUGGCAAUGCAACGGCAGCCGAUACAUAUAACCAACAACAACAAUCGUCCUAUAAUCAAAAGCCUUAUAUACCUGCCAAACGACCCAAUGAGCUUAACCAGCGUCCCACAUUGGGUCACACACAAACCGCACGCAUUAAACCCAAUCAGCGUUAUCGCGAGGGCUAUCACUACCAACCGGUUGCGUCAACGUCCCGCCAGAGUCCCACAUUCGUCGUAGGCGAUGAUCUGGGUGCCGGUCCAUCCACAUCCCGUUCCAAUGAUAAUUCUAGUGCGUGAUAGUUUUUAUUCCUCAACGACAUGAAAUUUAUAUGAACACAAAAAGUCAACUCAAACUUUGUCCACUACAUAUUUCAACUAUAGAAAAAGUUGAGGUUGCAUUUGGGUCAAUGUAAAAGAAACAAAUUGUUGAUUAGUUUAAACAAAGAAGCAAAACUCGUCAAGAAGUUUAAAAAGAAAACGCAAGCAAACAAUAAUAAAUUUAAUAUCUGUGUGUGUGUAUAACAAGGUAAAUUACGAGCAGAACUUUAAAGAAUUUAAACCAAGAUGAACAAAUUGUACGACAACUAAAAAAUAUAACGUUAAAUGGCAUAAAGUAUAAUUGUCGCAUAGGACCCGAAACUUGAACAACAUUUGGUUAGUUGUACAAAAUUUAAUGUUAGUCAAAAAAGAUUACUGAAAAUAACCCUAAUUUAAAGGUGAAGAAACACAAAAAAAUUGGCAACGCUUUGGGCCAAUUGCACAAAUAUAUAUAUAUAUAUAUAUACAUAUAUGUAUAUAUAUAAAAGAAUUCACAAAAUUUUACGGCAAAUUCGAAUGCAGACAAGAAACAAAUAUAUGAGAUGCAAAAUAAAUUUAAAGAGUCGCCUACAAUUGAGCAUGGAAAUGGAAAUCAACUUGUUAUAAACGUAGUUUUGCUUAUUUUUUAAUAAAAACAAUAAUUCAUGAAAAUCCACGAAAAUA